UGCGAGGCAUCCCAGCUUAGCCAAUGGCGAGUGCUUGGCUCUGCGCAGACGUCGAGGGCAGCAUAGCUACAUACGUAUGGGGCGGCUUUUUCGUUCUUUCUCCCGGCGAGCUCUUUUCUGACGAGUAGUUUAUGCGGCUCCCGAGUUAAGUUCCUGUCAUUGCUCUAUGUUUCUGGUAGCGGUUUCCACUUGGAGUGAAUAGUAACAGCAGCAGCCCCGUAGAGAGGUGCGCUUAGCUCGCGGCGGCCGCGGGCUGUUGCGAGAGGAAGGAGCUGACUUCCGCCCUCAGUGUUUUCUCUUCCGAAGGUCUCCUCCCCUUCCGCAGAAGAAAGUUGGCCAAGCGUCCCUGGCUUGUUUUUGUCUUUUUAACGAGUCUCUCCCCCCCCCCAUGGCCUGACGGUAUCUUUCCUUCCCAUUAGCAAUUCGAGGGGAAUUGUACAAUUACAGAGGAGGGCUCACUUUCUCUGGGAUGGCGCUUCGGGUAUUCUGCGAAGGUAAUGGACGUGUCUGAUGCCACUACAGGGUUCCUGGCUGAUGUGAAGAACUAAAAUUGAAAUUCACAUUUGGUUUGGCUUACUGGCCUGAAUAGGUGGAUAUUGAUACCGUCUAUGGAGAGAAAGAGCUGCCUUAGGCAGAGAUGGCAUUUUUGUGCUUUAGCAUUAUGAACAGGGUUUUUUUGAGGAAAAGAGGCACUUUUGCACUGAAACUUUUGUGUCUUAUAUUUUGUGUGUUCAUCUUCUGUGAGUUUUUAAUUUAUUACAUAGUUAUAAUUCAAUGUCACUGGCCGCAAUUGACAGCUCAGACUCCAAUGGCUAGUCAACAGACUUCAGAUUCUGUCUUGAAGGCUAUGUUUUUAUCAGAUACGCAUUUGCUUGGUAAAAUCAGUGGGCACUGGUUCGACAAGCUGAGGAGGGAAUGGCAGAUGGAGAGAGCCUUCCAAACUGCUCUGUGGCUUCUACAGCCAGAAAUAGUUUUUAUUCUUGGUGAUGUCUUUGAUGAAGGAAAAUGGAGUUCUUCCCAGGCCUGGUCAGAUGAUGUAAGACGUUAUCAGAAAAUGUUUAGGCAUCCAGCCUACAUUGAGCUAAUCGUUAUCGUUGGCAACCACGACAUUGGCUUUCAUUAUGAAAUGACUGAAUUCAAGUUGGAACGUUUUUCAAAGGUUUUUAACUUCACUUCAGAAAAGCUGAUAACUCGGAAAGGGAUAAAUUUUGUCAUGGUGAACAGCGUUGCUCUGGAGGGUGAUGACUGCACCAUCUGCAGAACAGCAGAAGCAAAGCUCACUGAACUCUCUCACAAACUCAACUGUUCACUGCAGGAACAAAGUCAGUACAAAAAAAGGUGCAGCAAUGUGGUAAAGGUCCCAGCUUCAGCUCCAGUUCUAUUACAGCAUUAUCCUCUUUACCGAAGAAGUGACUCAAAAUGUACAGGAGAAGACUCUGUUCCUCUGGAUAAAAAGAACAUAAUCUUUAAAGAGAAGUAUGAUGUACUUUCACAGGAAGCUUCCCAAAAGUUGUUAUGGUGGUUUCGUCCUCGGCUUAUUCUGAGUGGUCACACCCACAGUGCCUGUGAAGUGUUGCAUAAUGGGAAAAUUCCAGAAAUCAGUGUUCCAUCAUUCAGCUGGAGGAAUAGAAACAAUCCUAGUUUCAUAAUGGGCAGCAUAACAUCAACAGACUUCUCUCUCUAUAAGUGCUUUCUUCCAUUUGAGAACACAGUUACUACUAUCUACUGUACAGCAGGAGCUGUGCUUUUGGUCCUCAUACUGGCUCACUUUCAACCUUUCAUUACUCCUUUUCAUUUUGUUCAGCGUUUAAUCACUAAAUAUAAAGCAGUAUGAAGAGUCAGACACUUGUAAUCAGUCACUGACAUACUAAAGCUAAAGAACAGUCCGUCAGACUACAUUCAUGCCAGCAAAUGCAUAACUUGAAUUGCUAGCCCAAAGGUAGGUUGCCUUUACAUACAGAAAUUCCUAUACAAUUGAUUUGACUUAUACUACAGGAUAAGUUAACUGAGUGCUUCAUGCUGUACAAAAAUAUUGUAUUCUACAAUCAAAUGAAUCAUUUUCUUGCUAAAGUUUUUGUAUCAAAUAUGUAUAUUAAAAGUUUGUAACUGUACACUAUAA